GCGGGGGCGCAGAGGCGCCGGCAGCCGUGACGAGGCGCUCCCGGAGCUGAGCGCUUCUGCUCCGGGCACGCAUGGCGCCCGCACACGGAGUCUGACCUGAUGUAGACGCAAGGGGGUUAAUAUGAACGUCCCUCUCGGUGGAAUCUGGCUCUGGCUCCCUCUGCUCUUGACCUGGCUCGCCCCUGAGGUCAGCUCUUCAUGGUGGUACAUGAGAGCUACAGGUGGCUCCUCCAGGGUGAUGUGUGACAAUGUGCCAGGCCUGGUGAGCCGCCAGCGUCAGCUGUGCCACCGACACCCUGAUGUGAUGCGUGCCAUUGGCCUGGGUGUGGCUGAGUGGACAGCAGAGUGCCAGCAUCAGUUCCGCCAGCACCGCUGGAACUGCAACACCCUGGACAGAGAUCACAGCCUCUUUGGCCGGGUCCUCCUCCGAAGUAGUCGGGAAUCUGCCUUUGUUUACGCCAUCUCCUCAGCUGGAGUUGUAUUUGCCAUCACCAGGGCCUGUAGCCAAGGAGAAUUAAAGUCCUGCUCCUGCGACCCAAAGAAGAAAGGAAGUGCCAAGGACAGCAAGGGCACCUUUGACUGGGGUGGCUGCAGUGACAACAUUGACUAUGGGAUCAAGUUUGCCCGUGCAUUUGUAGAUGCCAAGGAAAGGAAAGGGAAGGAUGCCAGAGCCCUGAUGAAUCUUCACAACAACAGAGCUGGAAGAAAGGCUGUAAAGCGGUUCUUGAAGCAAGAAUGCAAGUGUCAUGGUGUGAGCGGCUCCUGUACUCUGAGGACCUGCUGGCUGGCCAUGGCUGACUUCAGGAAAACAGGCGACUAUCUUUGGAGGAAGUACAAUGGUGCCAUCCAGGUCGUCAUGAACCAGGAUGGCACCGGCUUCACUGUAGCCAAUAAGAGAUUUAAGAAGCCAACGAAAAAUGACCUCGUGUAUUUUGAGAAUUCCCCAGACUACUGUAUCAGGGACCGAGAGGCAGGCUCUCUGGGUACAGCAGGCCGUGUGUGCAACCUGACUUCCCGAGGCAUGGACAGCUGUGAAGUCAUGUGUUGCGGGAGAGGCUAUGACACGUCGCAUGUCACCCGGAUGACCAAAUGUGAGUGUAAAUUCCACUGGUGCUGUGCUGUUCGCUGUCAGGACUGCCUGGAGGCCCUGGAUGUGCACACGUGCAAGGCCCCCAAGAGUGCCGACUGGACGACCCCUACAUGACCCCGGCAGAGGUCAUCAUCUCCCUUCCUUCCGUCAAGGACUCCAUUGCAUCUGCCAGGACACUGGACCUCUGGGUUGUCUUCAGGGGAGCUAUUUCUUAAGGCAUGUGCCCUUUAUCUCCACAGAAGGCCCUUUUCUGUCUCUGGGAGCCCCAGGACUAGGGACCACAUGCUGCAUAUAAGUAUACCCUAUUCUAUCUAUCUUGGGCAUUCUGAGAUCACCUCUCUUCCUGCUGAUUUCUUUUUGGAAAUGGCAUGACGGGCUGUUAGAGGAGGAGGGUCAUGGGCCCCCACCACUGUCACCUAGACAUUUCCUCUUCCCUCUUUGGCCAUGGGGAGAAACAACAUCACAUAGUAGAGGAACUUUCCCUGUGUCUUCCCAUAGAUUCUAACAGUUAAGAAAGCCAAUGCUUCCCUCUGGGGGUGGGAGUUGGGUAGAAAGCAGAAUCAUUGGAUCCAAAUUUACUUGUAUUUUUGAAAAAGACCAAGCAAGGGCUCCAUCUAAGUGAUAACUGGAUAACUGUUGCUACCAUCCUUGAUGAUUGCCUGGGGAAGGAUGGGUUUCAAUAAACAUCAGGUUGAAAACA